AUGGGUUCUCCAAUGGCACAAAAUCUCAUCAAAGCUGGUGUUGAUAGGACAGUUUGGAAUAGGACUAAGAGCAAGUGUGAUCCUCUAAUCAGCUUGGGAGCCAAAUAUAAAUCAUCUCCCGAACAAGUAGCCACAUCUUGUGAUCUCACAUUUGCUAUGCUUGCUGAUCCUCAAAGUGCCAUGGAUGUUGCUUGUGGCAAGUAUGAAGUAGCAAAUGGAAUGGGUCCUGGAAAAGGAUAUGUGGAUGUAUCAAUUGUUGAUGCGGACACAUCUAGAUUGAUUAACGGGCACAUAAAAUCCACUAGAGCUCUAUUUUUGGAGGCUCCAGUUUUAGGUUCCAAAAACCCAAUAGAAGAUGGACAAUUGAUAUUUCUUACACCAGGGGACAUAAAUCUUUACGAAAAUUCUGCUCCUCUUUUGGACAUCACAGGGAAAUCUAAAAUUUACCUUGGUGAUGUUGGAAAUGGAGCUGCAAUGAAGCUCGUUGUAAAUAUGAUUCAUGGGUUAUAA